GACCCUCCCUCCGCCGCCGCCGCCACAACAGCUGCUGCUGCUCGUCGUGUGUUCAACGAGGCCAGGCACAUGUUGAGUCGCUGAGUUGCCCGCGUGCCCGUGUUCAGGUACACCAAGUUCUCCCCGGGCCCUGGCUUCCGAUCCAUCGACGUGAUCGAUUGCGUGGUUCGAUUCCACGUUGGGAGGGAGACUCAGAUCAAUGAGUCCGGAAUUUAGAACGGGAGGCGAAAUUGCUCUUCCGAUACUCCUCGCUGUUCGAUCGGGCAUUUGGCCUUUUGUCACGGCUGUGGAUCGCUCUGGACUCGCUUUGUUAGCCGCCGUCCGAGGAGCUCAAGACCGGAGCUGUGAUUUUGUAGAUGGGACUGAGCCUUUUCCCAGUUCGUUGCACGUAUUGAGAGUCAAUUCAAGAUCCAAGUCCACGAUGAUUAUUGUCUGGAAGAUUAUCGUGGCGACGUUAACACUCACGCUUCAUUGUUCGACAUUUGCUUCAGCCGAUCGCCUUCCACCGACGACUGCUGCUCUACAAUCCCAAUCUGAGGCUCUUCUCUCCUUCAAAAAUGCCUUGGCCGAUCCCAAAGCUUUGGAAAGCUGGAACGGCUGGUCGCCCUGCUCAGGAAAAUGGAAAGGCAUCACCUGUUCUGCCGACAAGAGUUCUGUGGUUAAAAUGUCUCUACAAGGAAGCCAGUUCUUCGGCCCUAUUCCUGCUAAGGAGAUCCAAAAUGUGAACUUUUUGGAAAGUUUUGUGGUCAUGAACACGGCCUUUAGUGGCCAAAUACCGACAACCAUCGAGAAUCUCAAGAGGUUGAAGACAUUAAUCAUUUCCAAAAAUCCACUCUUAUCCGGAGAGUUUCCAGAAGGCAUCUUCAACCUCAAAAACAUUCAGAUACUGGAUUUGUCAUGGAACAAUCUGACUGGACUUCUGCCGGGAGCUCCGCCUCUUCCAACGACGAUAGGCAAGCAAUCGAACCAGUUGCUACCAGGCUUGUCACAAAUGAAUUGGUCCGAUCUUUUCCCGCCGGUUGGCGCGCAGCCGACGUACCCAUGGCUUUGGAAUUCGACCACGAGCAUGCCACCAUGGGACCCGCUGAAUCUGACUGCCAUGAACUGGAGCAAGCCACUUUUCCCCAACAUGAAUGCAACCGAUCUUCCAACCUUCCUCAACUGGACGAUGUACAACUGGACUUGGACGAUGCCAUUUCCCAUGCCUUCCAGUGGAAACAUGACGAACCCGCCCGUGGCUGCCAUUCCAGGGAUGCUCUACAACUGGACUAUGCAGAUGCCAUUCCCCAUGCCACCCAACACUCCCUUUCCCUUCAACUUCACCAUGCCCGCCACUCCACCGAUCUUCAAUUUCACCACGCCAGGCUCUCUGUUCAAUUUCACCUGGCCGAUGCCCAUGAACUCAUCGUUUCCGCCCAUGUUCAAUUUCACCUGGCCCUGGCCUAUGCCUCCGUCGGGCUCUCCUCAACCUGGAGCCCCCAACGCGUCGUUUCCUCCUCUCUUCAACUGGACUUGGCCUUGGCCCAUGCCUGACACCCCUCCGGGUCCACCCCUCUUCAAUUGGACCUGGCCUACUCCCAACUCCACUCUGCUGCCUCUCUUCAACUGGACCUGGCCUGCCCCCAAUGCAACCAUGGCUCCCCUGUUCAACUGGACAUGGCCCAACGCGACGAGCCCUCCUCUGUUCAACUGGACCUGGCCUGUGCCGAAUGCGACCAUGGCUCCUCCUCUCUUCAACUGGACAUGGCCUCUUCUGAAUUCGACGUCUCCUCCUCUCUUCAACUGGACCUGGCCUGCUCCCAAUGCAACCAUGACUCCUCUCUUCAACUGGACAUGGCCUCCGAUGAAUUCUACUUCUCCUCCUCUCUUCAACUGGACAUGGCCUCCAAUGAAUUCUACUUCUCCUCCUCUCUUCAACUGGACAUGGCCGCCGAUGAAUUCCACCUCUCCUCCGUUAUUCAACUGGACCUGGCCUGCUCCCAAUACAUCAGCUCCACCACUUUUCAACUGGACAUGGCCCAACGCAACAUCUCCCCCUCUCUUCAACUGGACAUGGCCGACGCCCAAUCUGACGGCCAACCCGCCACUCUUCAACUGGACAUGGCCUCCGCUCAAUGCAUCGUCCCCUCCACUCUUUAACUGGACCUGGCCUGCGCCGAAUGCCACGGCUCCCCCUCUCUUCAACUGGACCUGGGCUCCACUCAACAGUUCCUCUCCGCCUCUGUUCAACUGGACAUGGCCUGCACUCAAUGCGUCAUCCCCUCCGCUGUUCAAUUGGACAUGGCCUGCGCCGAACGCCACAGUUCCUCCUCUGUUCAACUGGACCUGGCCGCCUCUGAAUUCCUCGGCUCCGCCUCUCUUCAACUGGACUUGGACUCCGACCAAUGCCUCCACGCCUCCCAUGUUUAACUGGACUUGGCCUCCAUUGAACUCCACGUCGCCGCCUCUGUUUAACUGGACAUGGCCACAACCGAACUCCACAAUGCCUCCCCUGUUUAACUGGACGUGGCCAGCUCCCAACGCCACUGCUCCUCCACUCUUCAACUGGACCUGGCCUCCUCUGAAUUCCACAGCUCCUCCUCUCUUCAAUUGGACAUGGCCGACUCCGAAUUUAACUGCUGCUCCGCCUCUGUUUAACUGGACUUGGGUUCCUUUGAACUCCACGGCUCCGCCCCUCUUCAACUGGACAUGGCCCACGCCCAAUCUGACGGCCAACCCGCCACUCUUCAACUGGACAUGGCCUCCGCUCAAUGCCUCGUCCCCUCCACUCUUUAACUGGAAUGCCACAGCUCCUCCUCUGUUCAACUGGACCUGGCCUCCUCUCAACACUUCGAGUCCUCCUCUGUUCAAUUGGACAUGGCCUCCCAUGAACACUUCGGCUCCUCCUCUUUUCAACUGGACGUGGCCACCACUCAAUACGUCAGCUCCUCCUUUACUGAACUGGACAUGGCCGCCACUCAAUGCUUCAGCUCCUCCGCUCUUCAACUGGACCUGGAACCCGCUGAAUACGUCGGUUCCUCCUCUCUUCAACUGGACAUGGCCUGCGCUCAACAAUUCAGCUCCUCCACUUUUCAACUGGACUUGGCCUCCUCUCAACGCUUCGGCUCCGCCUCUCUUGAACUGGACUUGGCCUCCUCUCAAUAAUUCCGCUCCUCCACUAUUCAACUGGACAUGGCCUCCUCUUAACACUUCAGCUCCUCCCCUCUUCAACUGGACUUGGCCUCCUCUCAAUAAUUCAGCUCCUCCCCUCUUCAACUGGACUUGGCCUCCUCUGAACACUUCAGCUCCUCCUCUACUGAAUUGGACAUGGCCUCUGCUCAAUACUUCAGCUCCCCCUCUCUUGAACUGGACAUGGCCUCCUCUCAACAACACAGCUCCCCCUCUCUUCAAUUGGACAUGGCCUCCUCUCAACAACACAGCUCCCCCUCUCUUCAAUUGGACAUGGCCCACGCAGAAUGCCACAGCUCCUCCUCUUUUCAACUGGACAUGGCCUUCUCCGGUCCCUACUCCUCCCGCUGCUCCUCUAUUCAACUGGACAUGGCCUUCUCCCGUGCCUACUCCUCCCGCUGCUCCUCUCUUCAACUGGACAUGGCCCUCUCCCGUGCCUACUCCGCCUGCAGCUCCCCUCUUCAACUGGACCUGGCCCUCUCCCGUCCCCACACCUCCUACACCUCCAGCAGCUCCUCUCUUCAACUGGACCUGGCCGUCUCCAGUGCCCACCCCGCCUGCAGCUCCUCUAUUCAACUGGACCUGGCCGUCUCCAGUCCCCACUCCUCCUGCAGCUCCGCUAUUCAACUGGACAUGGCCAUCUCCUGUGCCCACACCUCCAGCCGCUCCUCUUUUCAACUGGACCUGGCCAAGUCCAGUGCCUUCACCUCCAAAAGCUCCCGCGCUAAUGAACAACGAGACCAAUAUUCCUGACUGCGAUAUCCCUCCUCUAUUCCCAACCCUGCCUCCUUCAACGAAGGUGGUGAGCGCGUCCGCCAAAGGACACAGCUUCAAAAACCUACCGAAUCUGAAAUACCUAGAUUUGUCCCACAAUGCAUUCCUUGGAGCGCUUCCUGAAGACUUGGAAGAGUUGACAAGGCUUGAAGACUUGAACUUGAGCAACAAUUUCUUGUUCGGAGAGACUCCUUUCAGCCUCUUCGAAAAUCCACACCUGACCAGCAUAGAUUUAUCGAACAACUUUUUGAGCGGAACGAUCGAAUCAGCAGCACAAUUUGCAAAAGCUAUUACCCUAAAUAUCAGCGAGAAUUGUCUAACAGGAGUUGAUCCAUCGGGAGAACUGGAUCCGGCUCAGAAAAUUUCGGUCGAAGACAAUUGCUUGAAUUCGUCUUCCAAAUGCAAGUGUAUCUUUUAGACGCAAGCGGAGGAGGAGGACUCGCCGGUAGACGGUCCUUCCAAGGGCAGGUUGUGAUGGACAAGGCCGAGAACUCGGCUGCAUGCUGCGAAGACCUGGAAAAGUGCUCAGGCCGAGGCGGUGAAACUAUUUGUCUUGCUCAGUCUUAGCGUGAGAGAGAGACAGAGACAGAGAGAGUUUAGCGUGAGAGCGACAGACACAGAGUUCCAGGGAACAUGUCCACCCUGUCGAAUUGUGUAGCAUGUGUAAUAUAGGAUUCAGUAGUGCACAUUAGAAAUUGAAUAGAGUAUUUACACCAGUAUCCGGCCGAUUUGAUCUUAGAUAGAUGGCUAGCUGAUUGAACAUGCUUUUAUGCAUUUCCAAAGGUUCUGAGAAGAAGAGCUACUCGUAGUUUCUCACACAAGACAGAAGACUACAGAAGACUUUCCCUCCGUCCAUGCUCAGACCUGUGUAAGAGGGGCCGACGGCCUUGUUGGCAAACUUGGAAAAUUUUUAUAAAUGACAUGAUGUUCGACGCC